UGAAAAAGUAAUAAAUUUGUCAAUAUAAAUAAUAUAUACGUAUUUAUAUUAACACUUCACACUCAUCAGCGAACUACUGCAAGAUGGCAAACUCAGAGAAACAGGACGGUCCAUCCAGCGUAUUCAACCGAAAAGCCAUUGAGUUUGGUUUGGAUAUCUAUGCAGCUUUAGCCAAAGACGAUGAACAUCGAACCAUGAAUACUUUAAUUGCACCUUUAGCCAUCCAUUUCGGAUUAGGCAUUCUUUACAUGGGUGCAGCUGGAAGAACCGCAAAAGAAUUCCAAAAAUGUCUCCGUCUCAGUGGCACUAAACAACAAGUAGCGAAGAAAUUUUGGAGGGUUAUCUGCAAAUACAUGGAUAAUAGGAAUACAUGCGUUAAAAGCGCUGUAUUCAUGCGGGACGAUAUCACAGUAGACCCAAAGACAGACCUUCUGAUCAAAAAAUACUUCAAAACAGAAGUACAACCGAUUGACUGUAAGAGUCCAACGUUCAUGGCAGGAAAAAUAAAUAAAUGGGCUUGUCAAGGGACGAACCAGCAAAUAUCAGAAGUCAUUCACCAGGAUCAUAUGAACACUGAUUGCUCAAUGUUGCUUACAUGUGUAACCAUCAUCCAAAGAAGUUGGAAGAAGCCGUUCAGUCCAACUGGAAACUACACCUUUUGGCUGAACAACACUAAUACAAGAGAAGUUCCGAUGAUGAUCGCAAAUGACAUAGACCUUAGAUACUAUGAAUCGACAGAACUAGACUGUAUCGUUUUAGAUAUUCCUUUUGAUGACGGGGACCUCUCCAUGUUAAUUCUUUAUCCUAACGCUAUAACCGGGAUCGACUUGGUGGAAUACCAGUUGCAAGAAUUAGACCUUAUUAAAUUACGAAGAAACACGAUGGACUACAAGACAUCAGUGCUUAUGCCUAAAUUCAGACUAGAGGGUGAUAUGCUUUUAAACGAAAUCUUAAACGAUUGUGGAAUUCACGCAGCAUUUUCUGAAAACCAGGCGGACUUCUCACAAUUCUCGAAUAGCCCUCUUUUCGCCACGGAGAUACUUUUUCGGGCUAUUGUAGAUGUACGCGAAGGCGGUUUAUGUACAACAAGAGAGGAGGGUGACAAAUAUCAUUUUGAUUCAGAUCUUAUCAAAGUGGACCACCCAUUCUUAUUUGCAAUAAUGUCAAAGAAACAUCGUCUUUUUCUCUUCGGAGCAGUACGAGAUCCUGCGAUAAAAACCACUCUUUCUACCAUGUCGUCACCUGCUUUGAAUGUAAAUAAUGAAGACAUCAACGAGUUGAAAGAAACCUCGAAUGAAAUUGAUGAAAACAGAGAUGCUGCUGGAGACAACUCCUCGAGUCACAUCCCAGAUAAACCACAACAAAACGACACCAUGUUGAAAUCCGAAGGAUACGAUCAAGAUCUGCUCGACUAAAUUUUACAGAGAAGAAAACAUUCCCACUAACCAAGAGGAGGAGGGGCCAGCUUGCACGUAAUAGUUUUCAAUCAAAAAAAUAUACGACUUUAAAAUGGUAGAGAAAAAGGCAGAUGGUCCGACAACAAAACGUCACCGAAAAGCGCUAGAUUUUGGCCUUUGCUUGUUCAACGGUUUAACGGAACA